AAACAGUAUACUCUUUGUAACUUAUCGGAGGUCACGUUUGGGGUGGUGCAUAUCAGGUACAGAUCUUCAUCUUUCACUACAUUGUUAGUUUUCAUGGGAUUUUGGCCUUCGCCAAAAUAGCUAUAAAACACUAAACAUCCGUUUCCUUUUGAGCUAAAUUGACAAAUGCAAUGUGACAAUCUUGUACUUGAAGUUACAAUGUUGCUUUAUGUUUGCGACUGACGUGUAACAAGCGGCAUCUAGUGUAAGCAGCAACAGCUACAGUUGACUACUUUGGUUACAGGUUAGAAAAUUAAAUACCUCUAGACAUCUUCUUAAUGCAUGCAGCUUAAUUAGCCUACUGUAUUUUUGUCUUUUUUUACAGGGCAUUGCAAUGAAAAUGUUUGAAGAAUUCUUUUUUCAAAACCAAAAUUCGUCUUUCUCUUUAGACGGUCAGAGUCUGAAGGAAAUUCCAGUGGAUUUAAUUCUGGAAAAUGUGAAAGUGAAAUGUUUGUCUCUAUCAAACAAUGAACUGAAAUCACUGCCAGAGGAGAUUGAGGGCAUGAGCAAUGUGGAAGUUCUAUCUGUUCAAGGAAACAAACUGACUUCAUUACCUUCAGUUAUUCAAAAACUGCAGCUUCUCAAAGCCCUCGACAUCAGUAACAAUCAAAUAGCUAAGCUUCCGAAUGAAAUAUGUGAAUUGAAGAAUAUCACACGUAUUAAUGCAAGCAACAACAAACUGGAAUGUCUUCCAUCCACUUUUGGAGAUUUGACAACUUUACAAGUCCUCAACCUGGACGGAAAUCGCAUUAAUGCUUUACCUGAAUCUUUUAGGUCCUUGAAGAACAUCACUGUUUUGAAUUUGGACAAAAACAAGCUCUCACAUUUCCCCCAUGUUGUAUGCCAACUUCCCAAAAUCCUCAUCCUCAAUCUCUCAAAAAACAAGAUUUUGACUUUACCCAAGCACAUAUCUAAACUUACAAAACUAAAACAAUUAUCUAUGAAUGCCAACAGCCUGACCUGUUUGCCUCUACAACUGUUUCGUAUGACGAACUUGGAAGAGCUGAACUUGUGUAUGAACCAGCUGACAUCCCUUCCAGAUGAGGUCGAGAAAAUGAAGGGACUGAAGGUAUUACAACUGAGUUACAACAAGAUAAGCUCGCUCACAGACAAGAUAAGCGGAUGUUCAAAACUCAGGCAUCUCUGUGUUUCAGGGAACCUAUUAAGACGACUGCCUGAGAGCAUUGGGGUUUUGACGCAGCUGCAAGACUUAAUUGCUAACUGGAACCGUCUGGAAACACUUCCUCGACAAAUGAGCUUGUUGAGAAACCUUUCCAUCUUUGAAUGCUCCAAGAAUUACCUGGGUCACAUCCCCCUGGAAAUACGCAAAUGCUCAAUGUUGACCUCGGUGGAUCUAGGUGGUAACCAGCUUCGCAACUUUCCAAUGGGACUGUGCUCAGGACUUCCUCUGAAAUUUCUUGACAUCAGCCAAAACUUGUUGUCCAAGCUACCAGCUAACAUCGGCGAAAUCCACACAUUGCAGCACUUUAAUCUGAGAGAAAACCGUUUCACAGGCGCUUUACCCAAACCUCUCUACGAACUACACAGCCUUAUCCAUUUGGACCUGAGUGGUAAUGCCAUACAGACCGUUCCAGAAGGCAUUUCUGGCCUACAAAACCUUCAAGUGCUCUUUCUCCGGGGGAACAGGCUUGACGAGUUCCCUCUGGAGCUGCAUCAUCUGAAGAGUGUUCGGGUUCUUGACCUGUCAGACAAUUUGCUAGGACGAAUAUCGACAGAGCUGAAAGGACUGAGAGAACUCAGGGACCUCAACCUCUCAAACAAUCAGUUCUUCCUCUUUCCUGCCAAAGUGUGCGAUCUGAAGUCCCUUGAAAAGUUGAAAAUGUGCCACAAAAGAGGAGUAAAGCUGACUACACUGCCUAAGACCCUAACGAAGCUGAGAUGUUUGAGGGAGUUUGAUUUCUCAGACAACAUCAUCCAAGAGAUCCCUGACAACAUUGGAGAACUGAAGAACCUCACCAAGCUGAUUGGAAAUAACAACCACAUAUCCUGCCUGCCCAAAUGUAUAACAGCUCUGCAGAACCUACAGCAUCUAGAGCUGAAAGGGAACCGUCUGCAGUACCUACCUCCCUAUCUGGGCCAGCUGCCGUCUCUGAAACAUGUAGAACUGGAGGGGAACCCACUCACCAGACCACCCAAAUCCAUCUGUGACCAACACCAGAUGGAUACCAUAGGCCAGUACAUGAACAGCGAGAUCGCCUGGAAUGAGAAAAUCCUACAGAAGGCUUUCAGGUUUGUUGCAAGCAACCUGCAAAGGAGAGACUUCAACCACUUCUGUGUGAAACUAAGAAUACUACCUCAGGAUUUCAAUGCUCAAGAAGAUAAACAAGUGCCACAGAAAGAGAAAACAAUGCAGGCCUUGACUAAAUGGAGAGAUCUCUACAACAGUGAGAAGGAGACGUCCUUUGUAGGAGACCAGCUUGUGAGGACCUUAGUUCUGGCGGGCCUGUAUACUCUGUCUUCACAAGUCCAGGCCAUAAAGAUAUAUGCCAAGGCCAUUAGACUGUGAGAAAACAAAUGCAGUAGGAAAUGAGCAGAAUGUGUCAAAAUACUGUGUUGUUUUGAAUUGUAUUAGUAAGAAAAGUUAUUUUUGUCUUGGAGUAUUGUCAGCAAUAUAAUUAUUAUUGUUUUGAAUAUCAAAUGACUUUCAUGUUGGUUGUUGACAUCUACCACCUUGAGACAUGGAGGGAAAGAAAAACCGUCAGGAUGGUUUCAGCAUCGUUUUCAUACACUGAUUCAAGUUGACUAACAACAAUUGACAUUUAAUAAUAAUGUAGUCUGCUUAACAUCUACCUUUCA